AUGUCGCGCCGCCUCGCUGCUGCCCCCUGGCGCUGCAAGGAUUGCGCCACGAGGGACGGCACGCCGUGGAUCAACCGUGGCGACCUCAAGCAGUGCUCCAAAUGCAACCUGCACAAAGGAGUCUGCUACGGUGGUCCCAAAACGCCCAAAUGGAACCCUGCGACCAAGUCCACGGGCUCACCCAAGGCAUCUAAGGAUAAGUCCGACACCGCCGUCAUGGCUAAGCAGCUUGCCGACCUCCAGGCCAUGGUCAAGAAGCUCACGAAGCAGGUCAAGCGUGACCGCAUCAAGAAGAUCAAUGAGCUCCUUAAGGUCGAUGAUGGAUCCUCCGUGGCCUCGGACCUUGCGCAGGUCAAGUCCCUCACCGAAGAGAAGGAGCACUUGCGCAAGGCCAAGCGCCUUCGCGAGGAGCACGCUAAGGAGCAGCUGGUCAUCGACGAGCUGGUUGCCAAGCUGACGGUGCUCCAGGACUCCUUGGCCGAGGCAGAUGCCGAAGUCUUGCGGCUGGAGGAGGAGGUCCAGCGUUUGGGCGCCGACGGACCCCCUCCGCCCACUGCUGGCAAGCCCACGCUCCAUGAGCUGCUGCCGAAGUUCGCUGUCAACGUCCAGCAGCUUGGCGAGUUGGCCGCGGAGUCCGGCUUGGACCCCAGCUUUCAGGCGGAGAUGGAGACGGCGGCCAAA